AUGCAAGGUCUUUUGACGAGUGUGAAAAAACAGUGUGCAAAUCUGUUUGUCACCCCGACCACAACAGUAUUGCAUGUGACUGAAAACUUUAGAAACGAUGGUUAUAAUUUUCAGGUGCGAGCAAAAUUGAUCAACGGGAUUUGUGUCUUAGGAACUGUGAUAUUAGUUGUCAACCGGACAAGGGCUGCUACCAACGUUGUAUUAAACACUGUCCAAAACCAGCUUUGA